AUGGCAAGAGUCACUGGAAUCAGCGGCAAAGUGGCAGUCAACGCUUUGAGGAAAACUCUCUGGUACAGGUCGAAACUCCGGCAAUGGAUAUCCCUUGAAAAACCGAGAACAAUCCUGGACGCUCUUCACAAGGCAACGGACUUCAUCAUGAUGGAAGACGAGAUGAAAGUCCUCUCCCAGAAGUACAACCCGCAGAAGACGUCCGCGAGAAGGAAAAACCCUCGCAACGACAGGUAUGUCCACCACGAGGGAGAAGAUCUCCAGGGCGAGCAUAAUUACGCUAUCAACUCCGAACAGGGAAAGACUUCCGGAAAUACCUGGACCAGGAACCAGUUCAAGGAUAAUUCCUACUGCGAGUUGCACCAGACCAUAGGUCAUUCCACUAUGAACUGCAAGGUUCUCAGCUCAAGGCUUGCUGCGAAGCUCCUCGCUGGGGAAAUUUCGAAGGUCACAGGCAUAAAAGACCUCCUCCUAGAUUCCGAUCGCCCUCCCAAAACUGAUAAAGAGUCCCCCGAAAACGACACCCACAAAAAUCAGUCGGGCGAGAAACGCGGAAGGAGGCAGGAUGACCAAGGAAACGACAGCAACCGUCGAAGGGUGAGCAUGAUCAUUGGGGGAUCACAAUUCUAUCGCGAUUCGAUCUCGUCGAUCAAAGCUUAUGGACGAAAGGCUGAGAUGAGUUCAAGCUGGCUGGCUCGGUCCCCAACCGACGACGCCCUUAACGAUAUGAUCGUCUUUAAAGAGCGGGAAACCAUCGGAAUCGACAAACCUCACUGUGACCCAUUGGUUAUCGAUCUGUAA